UACCCUUCCCCCUUGGCCUUUAUAUAAAGCUUCAGCGACCCAACCCCAUUACAUUUAUCAUUCUUGCAAACUCGAUCGAUCCAAACUGAUCAAUCUCGCAAAGCUCUUUUUCGUUAUUCUUUUUUUCUUCUCUCAGAAAAAGAAAACCCCGCAAAGUUGUUGAAAAGCUAGCUAGCUAGAGAAAAGAUCGAGUUAGAGACAAUAUGGAACUCAAAUGGUCAAUCUUGAUCAAUCUUUUGAUAGUACAAUAUCUCUCAGUUGUUUGUGUUUCACAGGAGUUUGAUUUCUUUUACUUCGUUCAACAGUGGCCAGGAGCAUACUGCGACACAAAGCAAAGUUGUUGCUAUCCUAAGACAGGAAAGCCUACGGCAGAUUUCGGCAUCCAUGGACUUUGGCCUAACUACAAGGAUGGCUCAUAUCCGUCCAACUGCGAUCCAGACAGCGUCUUUGAUAAAUCUCAGCUCUCAGAAAUCAUGAGCAGUUUGCAAAAGAAUUGGCCAUCACUUAGCUGCCCGAGUAGCAAUGGCUUUAGGUUCUGGUCACAUGAAUGGGAAAAACAUGGGACCUGUUCAGAGUCUGAACUCGACCAGAUAGAGUACUUCGAAGCAGCUCUCAAACUGAAGGAGAAAGUAAACCUCCUAGAAAUCCUUAAGAAUGCUGAAAUUGAACCAGAUGAUGGAUUUUACAGUUUAGACAGCAUUGAAGAAGCCAUUACAAAGGCCGUUGGACACGCCCCUGGUAUUGAGUGCAACAAGGAUUCAGCAGGCCAUAGCCAACUUUACCAAGUUUACCUGUGUGUGGACACUUCAGGGUCUGAAAUCAUCGAGUGUCCGGUGCUUCCAAAACGCAGAUGUGCUUCUGAUGUCCAGUUUGCCAAGUUCUAGAGAUUGUACUUGCUGAGGAGUAGUACUGAAGGAUAUUACGUACUGUCUUUUACCUCGUUAACUUGGUUUCAUUUCUGUUCUUCUUUUCAAAUAAAUGAUGACCACUUUACUUUCA